CGCGUCAUCUCUAAAGAGCGAAUGGUAACAAUGCUUUCUCUAAGGGUGGUUCUUGUUGGAGCAGUCAUUUAUUACAUGACUUGUACAACAUCAGCGAACUCCGGCAAAAACGACGUUGUGGAGCAAGAACUGGUUGAGGUUCUUGUCAGAUAUGCAAAGGAAAAAGGCGAUCAAGCAGUUAUAGAGAAAAAAGAAGAGAGGCAACACUUCUUCGAUAGCGGUAUUGACAAACACAACAAAGGAAAUAGUGUGAGACAGCUUCAUCAGCUGAAGAUGUCCAGCCCCAAGACACGAACCAAAGAGGAGAACGCCGUUAGGGCACUAGCAUCAACCAAGGAACUCUCAAAAUUAUCUGGACUAGAUCUUACAGAGAUUCGUGAUUCCGAGGAGAUUAUGUCAGAGUGGCGUAAGAAUGUCCCCUGUGCAGCAGCACUUUCGUCAUCUGCGUGUAAUUCGGCCAGCAAAACCUACCGGACGAUUGACGGCCAAUGUAACAAUUUAAAGCACCCAACCUGGGGUGCCGCUGGUACCCAACAGGGACGCUACUUACCAGCCAACUACAGUGAUGGUAUCGGUGCCCCGAGAAGUGAGAGCAGCCGUGAUUCUUCACCUCUUCCCAGCCCCAGGCUUGUCAGCAACGUUGUUUUUGCAAACACGAGUUCAGAGAAGAAAGAAAAAAAGCUAUCUCUAAUGGUGAUGGCGUGGGGACAGUUUCUUGAUCAUGACAUUACACUCACUCCAACUGCUUCAGGUGAAGAGGGGUCUCAAAUAGAAUGCUGUGACGAGACCGGUUCUGGAAGGUAUGGUGCCUAUAAGUGGGAGCCUUCAAGAGAUGACUGUUUCCCAAUUGACAUCCCCAAGAACGACAACCAUUUUAAGACCUCGUGUAUGUCUUUUGUACGAUCGUCUGCUGUCGUGGAUGACUGUGGUCCAGCUAUGCGACAACAGGUAAACGCCAUCACGGCCUUUGUGGACGGGUCCAAUGUGUACGGGUCUUCGGAAGAGGAGGUUUCCUCUCUGAGGCUAUUCACUAAUGGAAUGCUACUCUCUUCUCCCGGAAACCUGCCCCCGAAAGGAAGCGAGGAUUCCUGUAUUAUUUCUAAACCUAACGAUUUCUGUAUCAAAGCAGGUGACGUCAGAGCUAACGUUGUUCCGCAUCUCGGUGCGAAUCAUGUGUUGUUCUUCAGGGAACAUAACCGUAUCGCCAGAGAGUUGUCGACCCUGAAUCCCAAAUGGUCUGACGAAGAGACGUUUCAGACGACACGAAAAAUUGUAUCGGCUCUUCUCCAGCAGAUCUCCUACUACGAGUGGCUACCAAGCCUCCUGCCCUCGGAAUUCCUGGAUUCUUACAACUUGACCCGAUCGAAAGGUGAUCCAUACCAUUCAACCGUCGACCCAUCCAUUAAGAACUCCUUUGCUGUUGCAGCUAUGAGGUUUGGGCAUUCCUUGGUGAGCGGAUUCCAGGCAACAUUGCUCUAUGACUACAUGACGUACAAAGUUACACCCAUAGAGGAAACAUUCUUUAGACCUUCCAUGGUGGUAGGCGACAGCGGAAAUGACGUUCCCUUGCUGGCUCGAUGGGUUUGCGCAAACGAAUCUAUGAGAAGAGACAGGAUUUUUGAGCGCGGCAUCCGCGACCUGCUUUUCCUUGAUUCUGAAGGUCAUAGCUUUGACCUUGGCGCACUUAACCUCCAGAGGGGACGGGACCAUGGUAUACCUUCCUACAAUGACUGGCGUCAAUGGGUUGGCAUUCCCAGGGCGACAACAUUCAGCGAGCUUAAGAAUCAUUCUAAAAGGGAGAAACGUUUACUGAAAAGCGUCUACAAACAUGUUGAUGACAUCGACCUGUACGCCGGAGGUAUCUCCGAAGAUGACGUUAAGGGUGGACACCUGGGCCCUGUUUUCAGCCAUAUCCUCGCACGUCAGUUCCACGAAUUAAAGGCUGGAGAUAGAUUCUUUUACGAGAGACCAACAAAGGAGGGGUUUAAAAAAGCCCAACUGGAACAGAUUAGAAAAGUAAAGUUGUCCAAAAUCAUGUGUGAAAACUUUGGACUAGAUUUGAUUCCAGAAGACGUCUUUAAAAUCGUUGACAGUGGAAAGACGUUGAAAUCGUGCGAAUCACUGCCUGGAAUGGAUCUAUCUAAAUGGUCUUCACGCUAAAGAUGGCGGGCUGACGGCGGCAGUGGCAGCGUUACCGGGGGUGGUACUCAUUUGUAAUAGUGUGGGCAACAAAAUGGAAUCAGGAGAAAAGUACAUAUUGAUACAUUAUACGAAUUCAUUGAAUUUUUAAACAGGUGUUUGUUCCUUUCAAAAUGUAUACGUACAUUCCACAUAUUGUAUUGUAUACAACAGCUUCCAUAAAUGAUUUAUUUAAAUUUUGGAACGUGAUUCUUAUUGGUCUAUACAUCCCGACCAGUGGAUUGGCUUACAUCCUGACUAUGUAUGGGAUGUAAAACCCGCCGUUGCAUUGUGGGACCAAUUUUCAGACAAACUUGGUCCGGCAGCCACUGUUAUUAUUUUUGGGAAUUCACCGUAUACUUUCAAAAAUACGCAUUUUCUUUAAGUUUCUGAUUCACGAUAAUCUGUUAGGUAUGUAUCAAGUCCGAAAACUGUAAAAAGCUCAAAAUGGAAACAUUGAUGUUUCUUCGGGAGUAUGUGGCUUUAAAAGAUGAGUGGAAUCCAUACGUAUUUAAGUAUAUUACUGACUAUACUGCUCAUUCGUUCGCGACGAUUUUCAGACCAAUCAAAUGGUAAAGAUCAUGAUUUUCCCCGGACAUGUUCUAAUUCACUAAAUUAUGUAUGCAUUUGAUAAUUCUAUUGCCCAAUGGAAAAUCUCGGUGGCGACACGAGUACUUAUAGGUAGUGGCACCGGAAUCCAAAUAAUUCAGUCUUUAACAAUAUCGAAAAUUAUGAAUAAUUGAAUUAUGAGAUAAAUGCAUCCCUUCCGUCUUCAGGUUUGUGAAAACAUUUGCUUGUUGUUCUUAUGAUAUAAAUCCAAUAAUGAAAAUUAUUAAGUCUAUUCAAUAAUGGGGUGUAAUUCAUCUCUCUGUCCAGAUUUCUUUCAACGCAUUUUUAAUUCCCGUCGCCUUCUAGGUAUUACAAUGCAUGCCCUGAUCUAUUGAACGGUACAGCGAUAGAAAUUACAGGCGCUUGCAUAGAAAAUGUUAAUU